AGAAAAAAUUCCAGUUGAUAAACAAUAUCUACGCUAAAAUGAUGCUGAAGAAAUCCAUUAUAUUCAUUUUACUGGCUGCUCUUCUGCACAAAUCUGCUGCAAAACGAUUCGAGGGAUACAAAUGGUGCACGGUGGCCAGAGACGGAGCUUGUGUGAAUUAAACACUUUAUAAAUAUUGAAUAAAAUAUGUCCCUGUCCUAAGCACCAAAAAACUAAUUUAAUCAAUAUGUUAGCUUCCAUGUACAAUGCAGUGGAGGAAUUCUUGAGUAUGGGCGUUACAGGGUGGUAAAAACACAUUUACAUUUCAGAGAAUCACAACUGUUCUUUAAUCUAUUGCGAACUGAACAAUCCCAUGCUUCGAAUUAGGAACUGGCUUGUAGCCAUAGGCAGUCGUUUAACUAAAAAGGUUUGAGAAACAUCGAAAACCUUAUUCAAUCAGGUUUACCUUUGGCUAUUGUAGAAACUGCCUUUCUUCGAGAAAUGGCAUCAGAAGAGGGAACUUUUAUUCAAAACGUCCUGGGCAUUGAUGGUCGAAAUGCAAGCACAAGCAGGGGCGAACUACCCAUGGUCAGCAGCUUUUUCUGUCCGCUCCUGCUGUUUUUUCUUUGGAUAGUCUCCUUAAUCAUUUUGGGUUUUAUAUGCGUGUGCUGCAAGUUUGUGAAAUCGGAAUCUUUUACCAGCUACGACUCCGACAGCUUUGAGCUGCAGCAGGUUCAUAUCCUGGAGCCCGCACUUGGACAGGUCAAAGGAUGUGCGUGCCUGGAGCAAAGAAAUGAAAAGUAA